CUACACAUCGGAGCUUGAAAGUUAUAUCAAUACUGCAAUUCUAUUUUAAUAUUCUUCAAACAAUAAGAGAAUGGCGUCAAAUCUUGUUGCAUACGAUGAAAGUGACAGUGAAUCUGAUGAUGGAAUGAACCAAUCAACUGCAAUUACCAAACAGAACCUUUUAACUGAGAGCCUCCGCGAAGACAACGAAUUACCUAAACCUUCAGAAAAGGAACUUAAAUUGGCAGAGCUUGCAAACAGAGAAAAGACGAAUUUAACAAAGUUUGAUCUAUUGACAAGCAUAAGCCAUAGGAUAAAUGGAAAAAUUAUGAUUGGUAUUCCCUCAUUAGUUGAUCUGGACGACAACACAGAUAAGAAGAAAGCACGAGCAGUUGACAAUAUAUCUGUUGCAGGACAGUCAAAGCUAUUUUCAAAAUUGCCUCCUCCAAAAAAUUCACCCCAUGAGCCUGCCUUUACUGUUAGUAAACCAGUUAGCAAAGAUCCCAUAAAGAAAAGUCUACCUUUAAUUCCCCAAUCUGUGGCAAGGCAACAGACAUUGAAGAAAGAUUCUGAUGAUGAAGAUAUAUCUGAUAGCUUUUUCACAAUGGAUGAGCCAACACUAAAAGUGCAAGUUGAACCCAUGGAUGUUGGGGCAGCCUUCCAAACGAUCACUACUACAACUCAACAGGAUGAAAUAGUAUAUCCCAUCAUGCCCACUAACCAGCAGUAUAAUAUGGCAGCAAUGCUAGAUUCAGCCUCCCUGUACCAACAAAGAGAAGAGCCUGGACUGGAACUGGAUAAUGUUGCAUUACAAGCACUUCAGGGCUCCUCUGGUGUUAAACGUAAGCUACCCGAUGACGCACAGAUCAUUGAAAUUAAAGGCGAGCGUUUGACGUACGACCCUAACAUGUCUUACCUGAAAGCAAUCUCCGAAGAAAAGUCGAACACUAGAGGACCAGAUAUUGCAUACAACAAGUUACAGAAGAAGAAACAUCAAAUCACUUACUUAGCUGCUCAAGCCAAAGCCCGUGAGGUGGACCUCAAGAACCAAUGGGCGCAAAACAAAUCCACCAAACGACAGACACAGGCAAAAUAUGGAUUUUAAAGUACGUUUUUUGAGCUCGGUUGGGAUCGUGAAUACAUGACGGCGUAUAAUUAA